AGGGAGCGGGAUCGGGAUUUGGAUCAGGAUUUGGGAGCUGCAGGGAUCGGCCCGGCAGGACGCGGGGGUGGAGGAGACCUCGGUGGGAAGAAAUUCUGAGGAAGAAGCAAACCAAGAAUUCGGAAAAUGAACGGAAAAUGAAACAGCUGAGGUCAUGGGACGAAAUUACUGGCUGAAAGAGGAACCUAUAAUGCCAGCACUAAACUGGAAGCCCUUUAUCUAUGGAGGUUUAGCAUCAGUCACUGCAGAAUGUGGUACUUUCCCCAUCGAUCUGACCAAAACACGUCUCCAGGUUCAAGGUCAGGUUAAUGAUGCCAAAUAUAAAGAGAUCCGCUACCGUGGAAUGGUGCAUGCACUAGUCAAAAUAUGCAGAGAAGAAGGAUUGAAAGCCUUAUACUCUGGGAUUGCACCUGCAAUGCUACGGCAAGCUUCAUAUGGAACUAUAAAAAUAGGGACUUAUCAGAGCUUAAAAAGAAUGUUUGUUGAACGUCCAGAAGAUGAAACCCUGAUGAUAAAUGUUCUGUGUGGCAUUCUUUCUGGAGUAAUCUCAUCAUCUAUUGCCAACCCUACAGAUGUCUUAAAGAUCAGAAUGCAAGCCCAAGGUAGUGUGAUUCAAGGAGGAAUGAUGGGCAACUUCAUACAGAUCUACCAAAAGGAAGGCACUAAAGGAUUAUGGAAGGGAGUAUCACUGACAGCACAGAGAGCUGCUAUUGUUGUUGGAGUGGAACUGCCUGUGUAUGACCUUAUCAAGAAGCACAUAAUUAUGUCUGGAUUUAUGGGAGACACAGUAUAUACUCACUUCCUCUCAAGUUUUGCUUGUGGAUUAGCUGGAGCCCUUGCAUCCAACCCAGUUGAUGUUGUAAGAACACGCAUGAUGAAUCAGAGAAGCCAACAUGGGGGACACUCAAGCUACAAGGGCACUUUGGAUUGCUUGUUACAAACAUGGAAGAAUGAAGGCUUUUUUGCUCUAUAUAAAGGGUUUUGGCCAAACUGGUUAAGACUUGGUCCUUGGAAUAUCAUUUUCUUUCUGACAUAUGAACAGCUGAAGAAAUUGGAUGCCUGACAUGCUGAGCUGCAUACUGAAUUCUGUUAAUGUACUGUCUGACUUUAGAGCAAUGUCCAAGUUGUCUUGUGUAUUUGCUCUUUAUUGUCUGAACUGCUGGCCAAAGGAAGAGGUCACUGCAAGACUGUUGAGGGAGAAGAACCUAUAAGUGAUUUCAAGGCAAACUGGCUCCUGUAACCAUGGCUUGUGUGAUUCAGUGGAUGAUGUGCACUAUUUUCUAGACUGAACCAAACAUGGUGGAAUACUGUCAACUGUUUCAGUGUUCUUGAAUGAGAAGAUCUGUAACACAACUUGAUGCUUUUGAGACUCAUGCAGUUUUUUUUAUAAGAGGCAAAGAACAGGUUUUUUUCUUCUGUAUUUAUGUAAGGAAAGGAAAAAAAUUUGUGAAAAGAAAAAUUAUUUUUCUUAGAGAUAGGCAGUACCAAGGAGCUGGGCUUUUCCUGCUUUCAGAAAUAUAUAUGAUUUGAGUGUAAAAGCUUAAAGCUUCUAAUUAAUUGCAAGUGUCACAAGACAUCUUUGCAGGCUUUCAGGUCAGCAAAAUACCUACUGCAGUGCAAAAUCUGCUUCUGAUUUUGGAGCUUUUGUGUGUUCUAAAUCCUUAGAUGUCUGUGUAAUCUGCUGGGAUAAUCCAGCUUCAUUUGCAAGUGUGGUUGCUACAGUUGGCAGUUUUGCAUAGCUUGAAGAAAGUUUUUCUUCCAAUGUAUCAUGAUGAUUUUCAGCAUAAGCGAUUCUUCAAGAUAUUCCUACUUGCAAUUUACAUAUGAAUAAAGUUCAAACAAGUUCAUGCCCAUCUGCUGA